AUGGCGGAUUAUUCUUCUUGUUCAACAGAAAAUAGAAGUCUGUUUACCCCUUGUGCUGCGUGUAAAUUUCUCCGUCGCCGAUGUUUGGAAGAUUGCCUGUUAAAGCCUUACUUUCCACCCAAUGAGCCCAUGAAAUUCAUCGUCGCUCAUAAAAUAUUUGGAGCAAGCAACAUCAUCAAGUUGCUGCAGGAGCUUCCAGCAACACAAAGAGCAGAUGCAGUUAAGAGCCUUGUUUAUGAAGCAAAUGCAAGGAUGAGAGAUCCAAUAUAUGGAAGUGCUGGUGUAAUUUCCCAUCUUCAUGACCAAAUGACUAAACUCCAAGCACAGGUUGCUUUGACACAAGCUCACAUCUCUAAUUUACAAUCCCAAAAUGCAAAUUUGAUGACUUUAAUACCCAAACAACAAUCAUUAUCAGAUCAUUAUUAUCCAUUUCAAGAUUCAACCCCUUUGUCACAUGAUGAUGAUACUGAUAUUUGGCAUCUUGGUGAGACAACUUGGGAGUCUUUCUGGUCAUGA